AUGACGGUCUCGCGCUCGCCUCCGGGCGCGUCCGAGUCCUUCGCCCUCAGCUCGACGCUGGAGGAGGAUUCUCGCCAGCAGGAAGGAUCCGCCAGCGACUGGCCUUCUUCACUGUCUCACCCGUCUCCUCACAUUCGAGUUUCCUUCGGUGAAAGGCCCCGAAACUCUUCUACCCUCGUUUCCUUUCUCGAAGAAAAAACACCUGCGGUGCCGCUAGCGGUCGCUUCAGACGGACUCUGCACAGACGUGCCCGCGCCGUCGCCUUCCUUCUCCGAGACAGCGGAACGCGCCCUCUCGCCUGCCUCUGCGUCGUCUUCCUUCGCGAUUUCAGCGCCCUCUCCGUCGUUUCCGUUCACCGUUCCCUCGUGCCCUUCUUCGCCGUCGUCUCUUUUUUCCCCCGACAUUCUUCUGCCUCCAUCCGAGCGCAGCAGGUUGGCUGGUACGGAGAAAGAUCCGGUGGAACCCGAAGAGAUACAGCAAGCAGAGGCACGAGGCGCACGCGGCGCAGCGGUAUCUUUCGGGGAGGGAAUGCGUCUCUUCUCGCUUGCGCACUUCGCGCUAUCCUGGAAGCGAGAAAAAAGCGAGCCGCGCUUCGCCGCUGCAAGAAACGAAGGCGAGAUUGAGACGGGAAGUGUCUGGGGCCUCUACAUGCUGGCGAGCCUCGCCUUAGCGGCCGCGGCCUCCCUGACCAGACACUGUGGAGGAGAGUCGGCGAGGAAGAAAUCCGGCGACGCAAAGCGCGAAAGACUUUUUCGCCUUUUGGAUCUUCCGUUGCCUCCGCCGUUGCCUUUGCCGUCGCUUCUCCCGCCUCAAUCGUCGUCUCCUUCUCGCUCGCCGUCCGCUUCCUCUUCUUCGCCUCCGCCCCCGCUGCCGUGGCUCUUAGGCCCUGUGGAGGCCUGCAGGUGCGCCGCGGCAGGCGGCUGCCAUUCAGCGCCUUCUGCAGCGUGCCCUCCUUUUGACGCCUUCGCUUCUUCUUUCGCGCAAGCGGCCUCCAAGCCAGGGCCGCCUUGCGUCGCGGCCGAGGCGCCUCUGUCUCAUCUGCAGCCGCGGGAGUCUCCUUUUUCCUCUCUGGUUACGCCAGCUGGUGCCCUGGAGGCGCGCUGCGCCUGCGCGUCUCCGUCGCAGGUUUCCCCUUGCGCUGGCCCGCUGUGCGCGUUCGCCUCCGUCGUCGGCACAGAGCUUUUCUUUGCGAGGCAAGGCCGGCGGGUCGCGCUGCUGUACGAAGGAUGGACGAUGAAGGAGAGCAGGUGGAGGCGCGUGUGGCGCCGGCGGUACCUGAUGCUCUUCGCGGUAACUCACGGGCCUUGCGAGGCGUUGGAUAAGGCGUCCGUCACGGGCAUGGCCUCUCGAAUUCCGGCUGCGCGGCGCAUUCGGGGCUCGUCCGCGCAGACGCAAGCGCAUCUGCCGCUGGCUGCGCGGAGCUCGACGUUUACUGGCGGAUCGGAUUCCGUUUCCCGCCCGGAGACCCCCGCGGGGGAGACUGUCUCCGGAGGAUCAGGGCCUCCGUCCGCCCGGUUUUCGCUCUCGCUGGAAUCCUCGCUCUGGUGGAUCUUAGGCCGAGCAGAGAGGAAACAAAUCGGUGACGCAGAAACCCGCAAGGAGUGCCUCGACUUCAGCUCCGCGUCGCCCUUCUCACCGCGUCCGCUCUCCCUCGCCAAGACAAAUCAGUGCGAGUCUCGCUCGGCUGAGGAGGCCACCGGCGCGCGCGAGCAGAGCCUACGCUGGGCGCCUCCGCGCCGCCCAGGUGAAGAGAGAGACGCUCGCACAAGACGCCGGGAGGAACGCGAGUGCGCGACGCAAUUUGCAUCGACGCCGGGCUCCGCCACUCGCAAGCGCUCGGCGAGGGGGAGCGACAACUCAGAGCGGCCUGCAGCCUGGGCGGCGGAAGACGAGAGGGCGACUGGACGUUGCGAGACCUGUUCGCGCGUUCAGCUGUUCCUUGCAGCCUACGAAGUCAACCCAAGGUGUACUCGACGAAGAGAGAUGGAGUCGAGCGAAACCGGUCCAGCGGCGCCCUCGCAGACGUCCUACGCGUCGUUCGGGCACGCCUUACGGUGCCCACACACUCCGUUCAAGUCUGCAGAUGCCGCAGAAUGCGCAGCGACGCCAGCGAGAGAGACAGAGAUAGGAGAGGAGCAAAAGGCGCUGGCGAGCUUGUUGGCUUACCCGGCACCCCCGCCAACGGAUAUCGUAACUCUGAGCACGGACAUGGCUGCGGAGAUCCUGCCCGCUGUUCUCCCCCGCGCGCGUCUCCAGCUGUCUUCUGCCUGUCCUUUUCUCGCGCAAGAGGCUGCGAGGGGUUCGUCCUCUUCUGCAUCCCAUAUCGGCCCUGAGUCGUCUCCUCACCACUCAGUCGGGGGUCGUAAGCGGCGGCAAGAGCGGGAGCGCAGGCAGCUCGCAGCCGCAGCGCGACGCGAAGAGUUGCUUUCACAUGAGGCGCUGGGCACGAUGUGGGCGAUGGCAGGAGAGAGCGACGCGCCCGCAGAAGAGGAGGAGGAGCGCGACGACGAGGGCUGGGAGUGCGUGGAGAGGCCGGCAGAACGAGAUGCCGAGAGCGACUUUAUCGAGUGCGAGACGUUGGUUCUCCGCAGCGCAGACGGUCGGCGCUUGCGUCUAGCGCCUUGUUCGGCGUUCCUGUCGCCUUCCCCGUGUGGCGGUUGCCCGCACCUUCCAACGUCUGCGCGUCGAGAGUCGUGCGACACCGCCUCCCCUCCUGCUCCCUCUCCCUCUAAGGCCUGGCCUCCUGCACAGCGGGCCUGCGCCGCCUCUCUGAAAAGUGACGCAAGCUCUUGCCGGGGUUCUCCGCCUCUGUCUUGUGCGCGCGCAGCCUCUCCGCUGCGGUCCGCAUUGCCGCGCCUGCCUGUUGCUGCCUCGCAUUUGUCUGGUCUCUCCGCGGCGUUGCAUGCGUUUUCGCCCCGGGUGAGUGAGUCUGCAGGCAGCACCACUGCGCCCUCGCCUGCUCUCUCUUGUUCCUCUUCUUGCGCGUCCUCCAGGCUCUCUUCAGACAUCUUCCGCGGCAUCGGCGAGAGUGCCUGCGGCGCCGUGGCGGACGCUGAGGAGGUCGUGAGCCGCCUCCGAGAAAGCCACUCGCCUGAGGCGUGCGAUGACUGGCGUGCCGCUCACGGCGCUGGAGCCGCCCGCGCAGAGGAGGCGACAGUUGUGCGGCGGCGCAGCGAGCAGGCGGAUGGGGACAGCGGGCGAGGCUGGUGCAGGGCCGCCAGGAGGGAGAGGGAGGCGGCGCGCGCGACGACCGAGGGCGAGAGGCAGCACAGUGGAAAGAGUGCCAGAGACGCGGAAACAUGGUGCAAAUCGAACGAGGAGGACGAGAGCCCCGUGCUUCUUGCAGGGCCAGAGACGACCGGAAGGCGAGCUGAAGAGAGAGACGAGCGCGCUGAGGAGGUUGGGGGUGACAGGGUGGCGGCGGAGGAAAAGAUUAAACAGUGCCGGGGAGGCAGCGACUCGUAUGUUUCUCAGGAGGGACGAAUCGGCGCGAGAGAGGCUUUCCGUCUUCAGUCCGUGGACGUGGAGGCAGACCACACGCAUUCACUCAGCAGCUGCCAGAUGAGUCCCAGCGGCUGCGGCAAGGAGACCGCCUCGCGGGAGCUCCGCAUGUGGGCUGACGCAGUCAACCUCGUUCUCUCUUCUCCGUGCCUUUCUUCUUCGUCUCGCGGGGCUGCUUCGGCAUCCGCCUCCUGUCCUCUGUGCCCUCCGCGCGUCCCUUCCAAGGGCGCUGGCGGACCGCUGCCUCCCUGCCGUCACACCAGUCGCCAGCCUCGCCCUGACGCAGUGGCGUCCGCGCGCCCUGACGCGCCGGAGGUCCCAGGGAGUCUCCUCCCCUUCCUCGGUCGACAUCCUUCGCUGGAGAGCUCAAUUCCGCCGUCGAGUCCUUUGCAGCUCUUUCUCUCGCCCUGCCGCUUCGCCUCCCUCUCAGCCGACUCGCAGCUACGCGAGCGAGCGCCUACGCCGAGUGGCUCGCCGCAGGCGCCUGUUCAGGCUGGUGGGUGCGGCUCUGGGCAUUCGGCCGCGGCUCCUUCGCCGGCUGCAGUUGCCGCCGCAGCGCCGCCCGGCUCCCACUGGCGAGACCAGGAGCUCCUUCUCCUCUCCCUCCUGCAAGCCGAAAGGCGACAGGGCAGGGGGGCGUGCCUGUGGGCGCCCCUGGCUCCUGCGCCUCCUCCGCGGUUUGCCGCGGGCCUCGCGGGGGGCGACGCAAGCCUCGCAGGAACCGCUUCGGGGUCGCCGGAGGCCGAGUCUGCGAGCGCCAGACGCGAGGGCGAGUCUCUCUCUUCUCCUCAAGGCAGGCAAGGCCUUGACUCGCUGCGGUUCGUCUCGCAGGGGGGGGUGAAGGGCGCCCACGACAGACUCGGCGACAACUGGGUCAGGUCGUGCUGCGACCAGAUCGGCUUCGACGAACUGCGCCUCAGGCUCUUCACCUACGCGGUCGCGAACCGCGGAGGCGCUUGA